AUGGCCGCUGUGCUAAGAGGCUCUCGAUACCUGCUUGGAGGCUGCGCCAAACAUGUUACUAUGGCAUUUGCAUCUACCAGGUCGAUGGCCUCCAAGACACAAGUGGGCUUUAUCGGCCUGGGAAACAUGGGAAAUCCCAUGGCAAAGAAUCUGAUGAAGAGUGGAUACCCAGUCAUCGCUACAGAUGUUUUCCCGGAGUCCUGCAAAGAAAUCCAAGAGCUGGGGGCACAGAUUGUGGAUAACCCUGCUGAAGUAGCCGACAAAGCUGACCGUAUUAUCACAAUGCUUCCCUCUAGUCCCAAUGUCAUAGAUGUCUACACUGGACCCAAUGGCAUUCUUAAGAAAGUAAAGAAGGGUUCUUUGCUUAUAGACUCAAGUACCAUUGACCCAUCCGUUUCUAAAGACAUGGCGGCAGCAGCAGAAAAGAUGGGGGCUGUUUUCAUGGAUGCACCCGUGUCUGGAGGUGUGGGAGCUGCCAGUUCGGGAAAGCUGACUUUUAUGGUGGGAGGAGCAGAAGAAGAAUUUACUGCAGCUAAAGAACUCCUCAGCUGCAUGGGAGCGAAUGUUGUGUUCUGUGGUCAAGUGGGCACUGGACAGGCAGCAAAAAUAUGUAACAAUAUGCUUUUGGCCAUUGGAAUGAUCGGUACCUCGGAAACUAUGAAUCUUGGAAUCAGACUCGGGCUCGAACCACAACUUUUGGCAAAGAUCCUCAACAUGAGCUCAGGCCGCUGCUGGUCCAGUGACACAUACAACCCUGUUCCUGGAGUUAUGGAGGGCGUCCCAUCUGGAAACAACUACCAGGGCGGUUUCGGCACCCAGCUCAUGGCGAAGGACCUGGGACUGGCUCAGAACACGGCCACCAGCACCAGGACCUCGGUGCCCCUGGGCUCGCUGGCUCAUCAGAUCUACAGGAUGAUGUGCGCCCGCGGUUACGCCAGCAAAGACUUUUCUUCCGUCUUCCAGUUCCUGCGCGAGGAAGAUCCCCAGUAA